ACUGAGUGGCUGUAACCUCUCAGAGAGAAGCUGUGAAGCUCUGUCCUCAGUUCUCAGCUCCCAGUCCUCCAGUCUGAGACACCUGGACCUGAGUAACAACAACCUGCCAGGAGUGAAGCUGCUGUCUGCUGGACUGCAGAGUCCACACUGUACUCUGGAAACUCUCAGACUGAGUGGCUGUAACCUCUCAGAGAGAAGCUGUGAAGCUCUGUCCUCAGUUCUCAGCUCCCAGUCCUCCAGUCUGAGACACCUGGACCUGAAUAACAACAACCUGCAGGAUUCAGGAGUGAAGCUUCUUUCUGUUGGACUGCAGAGUCCACACUGUGCUCUGGAAACUCUCAGUCUGUCAGGCUGUCUGAUCACAGAGGAAGGCUGUGUUUCUCUGGCCUCAGCUCUGAGCUCCAACCCCUCCCAUCUGAGAGAGCUGGACCUGAGCUACAAUCAUCCAGGAGACUCAGGAGUGAAGCUGCUGUCUGCUGGACUGAAGGAUCUACACUGGAGACUGGACACUCUCAGGGUGGAGCCUGGUGGAGUCCGAUGGUUGAGACCAGGUCUGAGGAAGUAUUCCUGUGAACUCACCAUCGACACAAACACAAUAAACAAAAACCUCAAACUGUCUGACAACAACAGGAAGGUGACAUGUGUGGAGGAGGAUCAGUCAUAUCCUGAUAAUCCAGACAGAUUUGACAGGUGGAGGCAGCUGCUGUGUAGAACUGGUCUGACUGGUCGCUGUUACUGGGAGGUCAAGUGGAGAGGAGGGGUUGAUAUUUCAGUGAGUUACAGAGGAAUCAGCAGGAGAGGAGACAGUGAUGACUGUGUGUUUGGAAGGAAUCAUCAGUCCUGGAGUCUGGAGUGCUCUGCUGGUGGUUACUCUGUCAGGCAUAAUAACAGGAGAAUAGAACUCUCCUCCUCCUCCUCCUCCUCCUCCUCCUCCUCUGGUAGAGUAGCAGUGUAUGUGGACUGUCCUGCUGGCACUCUGUCCUUCUUCAGAGUCUCGUCUGACACACUGAUCCACCUCCACACCUUCAACACCACAUUCACUGAACCUCUUUAUCCUGGGUUUGGGUUCUGGUCUUCUGGUUCCUCAGUGUCUCUGUGUUCUCUGUAGGAGUGAGAGUCUCCUCCUGUUAGAGAAACCUUCUCACUGCUGAACACAUCAGUUGAGUGUGUACAGGAUGUCACACAGCUGAUGUUAGUUCUGUCCCACCAUGUGUCCCUGGUUAGAUUCUGGUGGGGGACCUUUGCUUUAUGUCCCACCCCUCUCUGUCUCUCUCUGUGUCCAUGUUUGCUGUCUGCAGCCCCGACGUAUCUGUAAAGGCAACAUGUAAAUGAUGGAUUAUCAAAUCAAUCAUUGUUUAUGACACUGAACUUCUGAACAUAUUGUCCCUGACUGUGUGUGAAUAAAGACUUUAUACUGCUGA